CUCUUGUCAAAGCGAGACCGACCACGCGGUGCUGUAGUACCCCCAACCCCCACCCCCCCACUCUCCCUCCCCCUCCCCCCUCCCCGUCCCCCCUCCCCGUCGCAAGUAAAUGGGCGACCUGGUGGAUCAUAGACGAGGAGACCCCAGAGAACCCCCGACGCAGCAGAGUUAGAGAGAGCGAGCGAGCGAGAGAGAGAGAGAGAUAGACCGGGCGGAGCAAAUCUGCUGUGGCUGGCGGUGGUGAGGAGGCAGCAGGAGGAGGAGAGGAGAAGAGAAGGAAAAAUUAGAGAGGAGAGGAGAGGCGAGGCGAGGCGAGAGGAGGGAGAGAGGGGGAGGGGGGAGCAGGAGGAAGGUGCUGGUAGCUUACCCUGGGAUUUCGUGGUGAUUUGACGACGACGGCUCUGGCAGGCGAUGAUGAAGACUAGGGAGGACAGACUGAAAUUGGGUGCGGGAAAGAAAUGAAAGGUCAAUGGACGAGGAGGUCCUGCAAGAAGUCUGAUAUUCUGAUGAGGAAGCGAGGGAGAGUUGUGUCUGGCAUUGUUGUUGCGGAGGACGAGGAGCGCAAGGUAUCGGCAGCUGGUUUGGUGCUGUUCAGGAGGGAAACGAUGAGGCGUGAUUAGGUUAGAGGUGAGAGCACCACGGGAGUGGGCGAUGGUGGAAGCCUCUGCGACUGGAAGACCGCAGAUUGUCGUGGUCUUUUAGGUCUGUGGAGUCGGGGAAGGCAUGUUCAGCCGGGGACGGUGCUGUGGUCUACUCCGGUUGCCUCACCCUCGUGGUGUUUUCGUAGAAUUUGAUAAUGUGUGCGAUUUUUUCGAGUCUCAGUAGAUUGGAGUUGGCAAUUUGGUGUGCCUGGGUGCUGAUGGGCAGCCACUGGAGACAAUGACAGUCCAUUUGGCGGAGUUGGGACUUCCUGGUGUUGGUGAAGCUCUAUGACAGAGCUGCGUUGUUGAUAAUUCCACGAGUGCUGUCCCGAGCGCGCAGGGAUGGGGUCCGAUGACAAAGUUAGAAGGAAGGAGACCGCAAGAGGUGCACGAAUUCUACCCGAGAGUCCAAGAAAUGUUUACGGGGGUAUGGACAGUCCUGGUUCGAAUAACGGGUUGAGCGAGUUCUCACUCGAAGAACGCUGGUUAAUCGAUCCCGCUCUGUUGUUUGUGGGAGCUAAAAUUGGGGAAGGUGCACAUGGGAAAGUUUACGAGGGCAAGUAUUUGGACCAAAAUGUCGCAGUCAAGAUUUUGCAGCCUCCUGAGACGGUCGAGGAGUCGGCUAAAAUGGAAUCCCGAUUUGCCCGGGAAGUGGCCAUGCUGUGUAGAGUGGAACACAAAAAUUUGGUGAAGUUUGUAGGAGCAUGCAAGGAGCCUGUGAUGGUCAUUGUCACAGAGCUUCUCGGGGGCAAGUCUCUCCGCAAGUAUAUGGCGGGUCUUCGACCCAAGCGAUUGGAUUUGCGUUGUGCUGUGAGCUUUGCGUUAGACAUUGCCCAAGCCAUGGACUGUCUCCACUGCAAUGGAAUCAUUCACCGUGAUCUCAAGCCUGACAAUUUGCUUCUAACGGAUGAUCAGAAGGUUGUGAAACUUGUUGACUUCGGACUGGCGAGAGAAGAAACAUUGACGGAGAUGAUGACAGCAGAGACGGGAACUUACAGGUGGAUGGCGCCCGAGCUUUACAGCACAGUGACCUUGAGAAAUGGAGAGAAGAAGCAUUACAAUCACAAAGUAGAUGUCUACAGUUUUGGCAUAGUGCUAUGGGAGCUCUUAGUGAACCGCAUGCCUUUCGAAGGUAUGUCCAAUCUUCAAGCUGCGUAUGCCGCAGCUUUCAAGAAGGUGAGACCAGUGAUUGCCGACAAUCUGCCCGAAGACCUAGUCUUCAUUCUCCAGUCUUGCUGGGCUGAAGAUCCAGAUAUUCGACCCAAUUUUGCCCAAGUUGUGCGUAUGCUCAACACAUUUCUCUCUACGCUCCCUUCGCCUCGUACUCCGGGUUCUCCUCUCACUCCCGCAGCCCCCGUCCGUGCUCCCGUGGAGGCGCCCCCAAAUUUCAUCAUGUCAAACCAAAACCAGCAGCAAGGCAGCAACGACCGAGGCGCUGGCAUCAGCUCGAAGUCACAGAAGUUUUUUAUGUGGUUUGGCCAGUGCUUUUUGUCAGGAGCACAAGAUCAUGCGUCUGUCUGAAGCGCGCUCAGCCCUGUCUAUAUGGUUACUUGUGGUGAUCUGAUCAACCUGCGAAACGCAUAUCCUGAAGGAAGGAUGAAUAUGUAUCAAACAAGGGAAGGCCCUCGUCUGCGAAGACUCGUGCAAUUGGCAAAUACUGGAGCCACUGGCUUUUAUUAAAGGGUGGCUUCAAUUUUCUUCUGUCAAGCCACUCAAGUUGUGUACAUUACCCCAAGGGCUUUCGUACGUGGCGAACAAUCAAGUGUGGAGAUUUUGUCAGUUUGAAGGCAUUCACCACCACUGUACAUAGUAAGCCGCGUUCUGAGGUCCAUAUAACCCAUCGUGCAAAUUUGUUGCUACGAAACCCCUGAUGUCCAAUUCUUUACCGCUAGUUCGUUCAAGUCGGUCCUUCUGUACUGAGAAGGGUUGCAAAUGAAACAUGGCAUUAAAUGUUCAUACCCCUGCUACCUUCUUCUUUAGUAGUCGCUGUUAGCAGUAUAAUGUCCAGUGCAUCAUUUUCGGAAUCUGCUCUCAUAACACACGUUAACAUCCAUACAUUUCUACUACGAUGGACGACAGUCUGCAGAGGAGAUCCUGUUUUGCCAUCUCAAGACUUUUUUUGUCUUCGAGAUGGGUUUUGAACUAUGUGCUUCUCAGCGGAAGUGGAUAGACAACCUGUAAGUAAUCUAAGAAGUCUUGCCAAGCUAUUGUGUAGAAACUGGGUCUACCGGCAUGUAAAGAUACUCGGUGAGAAGCAGGCGAGACCUCUCAGUGAAAAAUCAGAUGGUAUUGACUAGUCUUAGCACAUGUAUAACAUGUGAAAGGAUGGGAUCUGCUCGGGACAUUGAAUGUGUCAUGACUUGUAUGCCUAAGUGAAUUUCGACUUCAAGGGAAAAACGCUAUCACCAAUCGCACUC